AGAUUAGGUUAGCGUCACUCUCUCAUCUCACCCUCUCUCUUCCCCUGCGGCUAGGGUUUUGUUCUCACUCUCUUUCUUCACACUUCAUUCUCCCAAUUCAUCUUCUGUCUCAAAUCAACCAUGGAACCCUCCUUCAGUUAAACCUUUUGUGUUCUGUCGAAAGAAAUAAGCUUUGUUGGGUUUUCCUGAGAAGGGUUGCGUUUCCAAAUGGCCACUGCCAAUCCCUUUGAUUUAUUGGGCGACGAUGCGGAGGACCCGUCGCAGUUGAUCGCGGCCGAGCAGUUGAAGGCCGCCGCCGCACCGAAGAAGGAGCAGGGCAAGCCUGGACCCCGCGGUGGUGCGGUAGCGCAGCAGAGCAAGCCGGCUCAGUUGCCUUCCAAGCCAGUUCCUCCCACACAGGCUGUGAGGGAGGCCAAAAAUGAAACCUCUUUUGGUGGCCGUGGUGGUGGCCGAGGAGGUGGACGAGGAUAUGGACGUGGACGUGGUGGUGGCAGUGGUUUUGGUCGUGAUUUUUCCAAUGACGAGAACUCAUCUGCCCCUGCUAACCAAGGAUCUUUUGAAGGGGAGGCUGGGAAUCCCUCAGAAAGACGUGGUUAUGGUGCACCACGUGGGGCUUAUCGUGGCGGUGGUGGUGGUCGUGGUGGACGUGGACGUUUUAGCAAUGGUGAAGUUGGUGAUGAUGGACGCCCAAGAAGAGCCUUUGAACGCCACAGUGGGACUGGACGAGGAAAUGAAUUCAAGCGUGAUGGUGCUGGACGAGGAAACUGGGGCAACCAAUCUGAUGAAAUUGCUCAGGUGACUGAGGAAGUGGCGGAUGAAACUGAAAAGAAUUUUGGUGAUGAGAAGCCUGUAGGUGAGGAAGAUGCAGCAGAUGGAAACAAGGACAGUCCUGCCAAUGAAAAUGAAGAGAAGGAACCAGAGGACAAGGAGAUGACCCUGGAAGAGUAUGAGAAAGUGCUGGAAGAGAGAAGGAAGGCCCUGCAGGCGCUCAAGACUGAAACAAGAAAGGUGGAUAUCAAGGAGUUUGCAUCCAUGCAGCCACUGUCAAACAAGAAAGACAAUGAUGAGAUAUUUAUUAAAUUGGGAUCCGAAAAGGAUAAGCGUAAAGAUGCUUUGGAGAAGGAGGAGAGAUCCAAGAAGUCUGUGAACAUCAAUGAGUUUCUGAAACCAGCUGAAGGGGAAAGGUUCUACAACACAAGUGGUCGUGGAAGAGGACGUGGUCGUGGUGGUGGUGGUAGAGGAGGAGGAUACAGUGGAAAUGCAGGGAGCAAUGUUGCAGCUCCAUCAAUUGAGGAUCCUGGCCAAUUCCCAACCUUGGGUGGCAAGUGAGGUUUUCCAGAACCCUUCUGAGAUUUCUCUGUCCUUUUUUCUCAAUUUUGGGUUCUCUGAUUUGGUGUUGAGCAGGAAAAAAAAGAGACUUUGGUAAUUGGAUUUCCUGAAUUAGAAAGGUUAUUUGACUUCUAUGCCUUAAAAUGUAAAUUUAGGUUGUUCUUCAUACGGUCACUGUCCUUGUAGCCUUCUCCUUAUGCUUUUGCUGUUUUUUCAACGGUGGAGACUGUGGGGGGUUAUAUGGUGGCGGAUAAGACAUAAAUGUUGUUGAGUUUCCUUUUAUUUAUAGAUUGAAUUCUCAGUUUUGGUUUCAAA